AUGGGUUUCACAGAGCUGGUACUCAAUGAGGAGUACCUGAAAAUGCAGUCAUCUACAGACUUGGACACCUCGCGGAUUCUGGAGAAGGGGCCUGAUUACCUGCGGAAACAGAUGGAGCUUGAGAGCGAAGGGAAGGGACGUAUGAGCGCAGUGGAAAGACUGGCUGCCACUAAACCUAAAUACGUCAAAAGUCAACAGGUGGUCAACUCAACACAGGAACCGGUUCUCAUUUUGGGCUCCUCUUCAGUGAGUAGUCAAGAGUCUUCCAGUAGAAGCGGGGUGAAGACACCCAUAAAAACAGCUGAGGUGGCUGUCAGUUCUCAGGGUCAAUUGCCUCCUGAGGACAACGUGGUCCGACGUAGCAGCUCUAAAAAAAGGCCAGACUCGCUUCUGUUGUACCGACAGAAGUGCGAUCUUUUACGAGGGUCUUCCGGGGAACAAACCAAGAGGAAACUGGUAAGGAAGAGAUUAGAGAACUCCCUCAAGGACAGAACAAAUUCGUUACCCGAGACCAGGGGUAAGGAAAGUGAUACUGAUGACAUCAAGGGCCAUACACAUGGUGCAGGUAAAAGUAAAGAGAGAGGCGCAAAAACAGAUUCCAUGCCUAUACCUACAGUGACAAUAUCUCCUCCAGAGGAGAUUUCAAGUGAAACGGCAAAGAUAGGCGCACAAUUUGAUUUGAAAGACCUUUGCGAGAGGGUGACGGAGGUCGACGGCAAGAGCCGAAAAGGUGUCGGUCGUUCUCAUUCAGACAUCAGUUCGCGUUAUUCUAAGAACUUCGCUGAUUUUGAUGCGUUUUUCAAAUAUUGCGGACUGGAGUCCGACGUUAUUGAAUCCUUGGGAAAGGAGAAUUUUUCCUCUCACUCAGACGAGCAUUCCUUCCGAAUUCGAAGUGUCAGUGUGGCAACAUCAGAGGAUGAGUUUUCGCGGUCCAGUGGUGACAGCGAUGGGCUUAUGGAGGAAGAACUUAAGCACAAAACACGUGAAGGAACAUCAGUUAUAGAGCGAAAUGCCCGGAUAAUCAAAUGGUUAUACAGCUGCAGAAACGCCACACAGUCAGGGAAAACACUGCGAGAUCUGGAAUAG